AUGAUCUUUGGGGGACCAUUCCUCGGCGGCACCUCUCGUUGCGCACAGAAGGAUUACGCGCGAGAAGCAAAGGAAAAGUUCAGCCGGAGGGUCAUGAACGUCUUCGGACACGAGGCCAAGGCAAUGCGAUACGAGGAGGCCGAGAUCACGUUCUUGGAGGCCGAUGCGAGUGGGGUGCAUUUCCCCCAGAGUGACGCUUUAGUCGUCGAGGCCAUGAUCGGUAACCAUACGGUUUGCCGCAUCCUGGUCGACAAUGGCAGUUCGGUGGACAUCUUGUACUCUGACUGCCUUGACAAGAUGGGAAUCCCCCGCUCAAGGCUGCAAAAUAGCGCACAGCCUCUAUAUGGCUUCACCAGGGACAGUGUCAUCCUAGAAGGGGCAAUAGAGCUGCCCAUGACCAUUGGAGACCGACCACACACCUCGACUGUCAUGUCGAAGUUCCUGGUGGUGAAGAGAGGCGGCCAAUACAACGCGGUCAUAGGGCGCCCAACGUUGAGGGCACUGAAGGCGGUCACAUCCAUCUACCACCAGAUGAUGAAGUUUCUGACUCCCAGUGGGAUCAGAAGAGUCCGCGGAAACCAACACGAGUCAAGGCUCACGUACUCGGAGACGGUCUGCCACUAUGCUGAGCCGACACAGGUGGGCUCGGAGCUGGGAACGCAGGCCCGCGAAGAACUAGUCGAGUUUAUCAGAGGCAGCCUCGACGUGUUCGCUUCGACUCACGAAGAUAUGGAAGCGAUAAGCCCUGAUAUCAUGUGCCAUAGGCUGAACAUCGACGAAAAGUGUCCACCUAAGAGGCAGAAACGUCGACCCAUGAAUGCUGAGCGAUACGAGGCCCUACGAGAAGAGGUUGACAAACUGAUUAGAAAUAACUUCAUCCGGGAAGUCUUAUACCCCGAAUAG